AACACAUCUCGGAGAGCAGAAACACGAGAUAGAGAGUGAGUUCAUAGAGCUCCGGUUUUCGCACAAAACCGAUGAGCAACAAAAUUAGAGUGGCUGUUUUAUCCUGAAGGCGACCGGCUGAUAGUCUGUCGUGCGCAACGAAGGCAGUGCCGCGAAGGUCUUAAAGAGAGCGACCUAGUCCGAGACUCAGCCAGAUCGGUAACCCUAUUUUUCUGUUCGGUUUAUAACAAUUUUAAGACGUUGGUUGCUGUCAUAUGUACCAAACAGAAUGCCGAUACUGGCUCGAUCAAUUACUAUCGUCGUUCGCUUGAAAAAGGGGCCUAUUGCACUAGGUCCGCAGCGGCUCGCACUUGUGUUUCUAUUCCCAUAUCGAUCGCGAUAUGAGCUCUUUUGUGUGAGAAUCGGGGUUUAAAUUGCUUGCUUGUAGAAAGAGAUAGAAGUUGCAGCCGAGUUGGAACAUGAAUUCGGAGGCCAUGACAAGCAUGUGGAAGAGGUGGUACGGUGCAAGAAAUUGAUGGGUUCAAUUCAAUAACCAUCAAUUUAAUUAAAAUCUCCGAGGAAGUUUGGUGAAAGAGGUGUCCGAAUGGUGGACUGGUAAUCAUCAGCUCGCCGAAGGGAAAUUGAUGAAGAUGGUAGUAAAAAUAAUAACGAUGGGAAGAGAAGCAGAUCGAGUUGGAGAGGCUUCGCACACUCCAGAAUCCCGAUCGAGACUAAGCCUAGCCGGGAACUCGAAGCAACAAGAAACGUGUUUGACCGGGACAGAAAAGAGAGGGUCUCGUGAUCAUGUGCAUGCUUGUUCUUGGAUCGGAGUCGAUUCCAGGUGCUUGUGGCCAAUCGCAAUUUGCCUCAGUGAGAAGAACAUGGAAGACGCUAUUAGUUUAGCGAGGAUGGUGGUUGGAUUGGUUCAGGAAACUCGAAGGGCGCCGCUGAAAGAGAUGUCAUAUCAUUUGGAGAACCCUACAAAGGUUCACUAUGGCUGGAGGCUGGAACCAUGCGUGCGAUGGAGAGUGAUUUGGUCCCGCAAGCUUAUUCGAUCAUUGGGCCUCUCAAUUUCGUCCAUGCCAAAAUAAUAGAGGAGGGCCCGUCUAAUUGAACUGCCAAUGCCCAACUCUUCAGCGAAAAAGGCAGAAAGGAAACUUGAUUUGAGUCAUGCUAGCGAUUCUGUCUCAUGGUUUCUCUACUUAGUUUAUUGUUAUUGUGUGAAAUCACAAUGUAAAUUGAUCUUCCUUUUCUUUUUUGGGAGGUAAUGAAGUCAAGGAAAAGGAUGGAAGAUAUCCGCCCUGGUAAAGUUGACCUAGGAUGGUGGACCCAAGACCCAAGUCAUGGGUGAAACAGUAUACUAAAAUGUUGAAAAUGGCACCUUCUAUUGCUCCGGUUAGUGGCAGCUUUGAAAGAAGAAUUGCUAGGAAAUUGAGCAACAAGGAAGCCAUGCUUAGUGCCUAUGCUGCGAAUUCAGAAGACAACGUCUUCACGAAAAAGGUAAGAUUUUAAUCUUACUUGUGAGUCAUUUAUGAAUGACAAAAUUAUGAUCUAUUUAAUAGAAUUUUGAGCAUACUAUUGAGAAACCUAAUGAAUGCUCAAAGAAAGACAAAAUUAUAAUUUAUUCUAUGUAGAUUCAUGUAUGAAAUUGAGAAAUUUUGUGAAUGCUAAUAAACAAACUAGAAUUCACGCAUGAAUAUAUUGAUAUUGAGAUGUGUUUUUCUCAAUAAUUAGAGUACAAUUUUGUGUACAUGCUAUAAAGUAGAGUAAUAUGAAUGCAUACUCUGAAGCAUAUAUGGAUGUAUAUUCGGUAGUGAAUAUGCUAGUGGAAUGGGUUAUAUGUCCAUAUUUAUUAGAAGUAUUGUUUGUCAGUACUAUGAGAACCAUUUGUACGUUUUCAAACCCUAAUAAGGUUCAAGAAUCAACAUAGCAAACCGAAUCAGAUUCACACCAAUUAAAAUGGUACCAUUCGUGGUAACUAAAGGAUCAUCAGCCAAUCCUCUAAGAAUGACGCUUUAUUUCUCUGCAAUAGUUGCGAGAAAUUAGGUCAUAUGACAAGAAAGUGUAGGAACAAGUAUAACACUGGUUCUAGUGUUAACUUGAUUGAAGAGAAGAAUUGGUAGCUGUGAUGAUUGACAAAAGAGCAGAGAUUAACCAUGCUGGUAACUCUGCAGAAUAGUGGUAUCUCGAAGCAUACUAAGACAUAUGCUAUUAAGAAAGUGUUGUUGAGUAUUGCUCACUCCACUAUUGGUCAUGAUCAUGAGAGUAUGCAUAUGAUAAUAAAGUUAAAGUGUUUAAUUCUUAUGGGUCUUGCAUGCUCGUCUUUGACGUAUAUCUUGAGGAAUUGAAUAGCUACGGUCACAUUCUCAUAAUGGUUGUGAUAAAUGUGAUUUCCAUAGCUAAGAUAAAUGACACAUAAAUAUGCGUUUAGAGAAUUAGAAACUUUGAAUCUGAUUAAAUUUUAUGUGUAAACAUGAUGAGAUGCUUACUUAAACUAGCUUGAAAUGCUUUAUCGCAUUAUUAUUGAUUGCCCUGAUUAUUGUUGGUUGGUGUUAGAAUUAGAGAAUCAGUGCAAUAUAAUUAUGAGUAAGCAUAUGAUUGUGUUUAUUGGAUAUGCUAUAGGAAAAACACAUAUGCCUCAUAACUUGAGUGCUCAUUAUGUUUUUGAAUUCAUUGAUGCCAAUGGACUUCCAUUUAAAAUCAAUAAAUAGUGGGGGUUGUAUCCUACCUACUAUUAGAAAUAAUGGAACUAGUGGGGGUGGUGAAUCUGAGUAUGAACUCAGAAGAAGCAAACGAACCAUAAAUCGAUAAAGGAUUUUGGUUAUGAGUUUGUUAUUUACACCCUAAGAAAGAUCCUACAAGUCUGCUAGAAGUUCAAACUUCUGUAAGGUGCAGAUUUGUGGGAGAAUCCAUUAUUAACGAAAUGCAAUUAUUGGAGUCUAAUAGACUAGAAUCUUGUAGAGUUACGUCUUGACUGUAAAGCCUUGGGUAAUAUAUCGAUGGAAUCGAACAAGAUUUGGUAUCUAUGAGAAUUACCUCUUGGCAAUGAAGUCAUGGGUAAUAAAUGGAUUCUUAAAAA